AUGGCUGCAAUACUAAUGGGAAUAUUGGUGGUCAACCUCUUUGUAACAGGUGCACUAUCCAUUGGAGUGUGCAAUGGAGGAUUGGGUGACAAUUUACCAUCCGAUCGAGAAGUUGUGCGACUUUACAAGCUCAAUGGUAUUGAAAAGAUGCGAAUUUAUGCCCCGAAACAAGAAACCCUACAAGCUUUAAGAGGAUCCAACAUCCAACUCAUUUUAGAUGCUCCAAACCCUCAAGAACUCGCGUGUGAUCCUUCAUUUGCAUUGCAAUGGGUUCAAACUAACGUGAUGACUUACUAUCCAGAUGUCAAGUUUCAUUGUAUAGCAGUUGGGAAUGAAGUUAAUCUGGAUAGCAACAUGGCACAAUAUGUUUUCCCCGCCAUGAAAAAUGUGCACAAUGCACUCAUUUCCAUGGGCCUCGGAGACAAAAUAAAGGUAUCAACCGCGACAUCCUCAGUGUUAUUGGGAGUGUCGUAUCCUCCAUCGGAGGGUUCUUUCAGUGACGAGGCUAGAUUGUUCAUGGAUCCAAUUAUAAAGUUUUUAGUAGAAACAAAGUCGCCUUUUCUAGUGAACAUUUAUCCUUAUUUUGCUUAUAAGGGUAAUCCCCAAGAUAUUCAACUUUCCUAUGCCUUGUUUACGGCACCAGAAAUCGUGGUGUCGGAUCAAGGUCUCAAAUACACAAAUCUUUUUGAUGCCAUGUUGGAUUCUACGUACGCUGCUCUAGAAAAGGUAGGUGGAUCCGAUUUAGAAGUUAUUGUGUCGGAGAGCGGAUGGCCAUCGUAUGGAGGAUUCGCGGCAAGUGAAGAGAAUGCAGGGACUUAUUAUAGAAAUUUAGUUAACCAUUGUAAGAGUGGUAAUGGGACUCCAAGAAGAGCUGGGAAGCCUAUAGAUGUUUACUUGUUUGCUAUGUUUGAUGAGAAUUUAAAGAAUGGAGUAGAAACUGAGAAACACUUUGGUCUCUUCACUCCUAACAAACAACCAAAAUAUCAACUUACUUUUAGUGGAGGAAGUCAAUUGGCAAAGAGGGUUAAGGAGUUAAGUCUAUUUUUAUUGGUCUUACAUUUAGGUAGACAUGUUCUUUAA